AUUGGAUGAUUCUUUGAUAGGCAAACAAACGAACGACGAUAAACACAACGCAGUGAGUGUGCAUGGGAAAGCAAUUUUGACAGCCGUGCUGGGUGAACCCGGUGAACCACGACCAAAGACGACGACGAGUGAAUUUUCAUCAUUCUGCCUCUUUCGAAUCGUCCUAGUUGGUCGGUCGGUCGUCGAACGCCGCGAAUUUUCCUACCCACCACACUCGAACUGGAGGAGGCCAGAAGCAGCAGGCCGCGCUCGGUGUGUUUAUCUCGCGUGUGCGUGUGUUCUCGGGGAAAAAAGUGCACCUUUGAAGGCAGGAGUGUUCUCCACCUAACCAUCGGUGAUCAUCGAGGACGGUGCAUUUCCCGGGCGUUGGACCGUGUUGCGAGGACCGAGUGUGAAUUCGGGCGUGGAAGUUUUUGGCCAAGUUUGUGAAGGGAAGAAAAAAUAAAACAUAUAGUAGGUAGUCAUUUUCUUCUGCUUUUGACAGUGGUAGCAAGUUUUUCCUCUCCUUGGUGAGUUGGUGAGUGUUCAUGUGUGCGAGUGAGAAGGCCCAGUUUUUCCCAGUUACCGAGUUAAAUCGAGUGGAGUUUCCCGUUCUUAUUUCGCGUUGUUUUGGUAGUGUUUCCCUAGGACAAAGUGUUGAAACUUGCAGUUGAUGUAGUGUGCUAAUAGUUUAUCUAGUUAGUUGACAAUUCCAUUACCGUACGGAGAUUCCCCAGAGGAAAGUUGAAAAUUUGUACAAGUUAGUGCUCCUACCUGGCCCUUUCUCUGUGUGUGCUGGAAAAAACAGCGAAGAAAAUUCCCACCCUCUGCCUAUCGCGUGUCACCCCGUGUUCUCUCGCCGCUUCGGCUCUUGUGGGGAGGAAAAUUCAUCGUCACCCGACGCCUCCUUCAUCCAGUGGUGGUCGCUCGUCACAGUGUAUGUGUGUGUGGCUCGUGACUCCGGAGUGGUAGUGGUGCCGAGUGCUACCCAGAGUGCGUGUUGUAUUGUACAUAGUUUGAAAUAUUUCAUCACCCGUGAGAGUCGAACGACGACGACGACGACGUCAAUAUUAUCCUUGGACUACACGGGACGUGUGGAGGCGCAGUGGUGAAGCAAGGAGAACCAGAGCAGUAGGAGAGUGUCGCGUGUUUUCGUUGUUGUUGUUGUUAUUGGGAGGCCAGCUUCGGAGAAGAUUCUCCACGGUGUUUUCGGAAGUGUAUAGGCAUCAAAAUCUGAUUGUCUGUUUUUCGGGCGACACAGCAAGCACACUAGACUUCUCGGAUAGGCCUACCCAACCAGAUCGGAACAUAGUUCCACUCGGCAAAAACGGGCAGAGAAUGGUGAAGCCAAUCACCGUUCACCGUUCACCGCAAUAAGCUGUUUCCGACGCCUGGGCAAUGACGUCACAGGCCGUUUACUGUCUUAGCCUGCAGAUACGUCCCCCAGCGGAAGAAGGAUCCAACGUGGUGGCCACAUCGUCCGGCGUCUCGGUAAGCGGCAAUGAACUCAGCAAGGUGGUCACCACAUCCACGGUUACCGCCCCCGGUGGAGCCAUCAUCACCGGGUUGGACAGCAAGAGCGUCACCAUUUCGGAAGCGGCUUCCCGGCAGCUGCAGUCCCAGAUUCAGCUGCAACAGGCCCAGGCGCAAAACCAACAACAACAUCCGCAACAUAGCAAUAUAAUCUUAGUCCGUGGUUCCCGAUCGGAGAAUGGGCAAAUUAUCCUCCAGAAUACUCACGAAUUACUGAGUCUGCUGAGCGAUGAGGACAAACCCAUCUUGCUGCAGCACCAAAGGUUGAAGACCAAAACCGUCCCGGAGGUCAAUUCAACGGCCACCGCUGGCAAUACGAUCCUAUUCCAGCCAACGAUCAAAAGCAGUGCCGUCGAUGGAACUUUUCUGCUGCAAUCCGACGGUGGCCUCAAGAAAACCACUCUCUCUUCGGAAGGUGGCCAAAUCUUCCUUCAGCAGCGCCUGAACAAAAACGGUUCCUCCGAUGGACCAAUCCUACUUCGCACGCUUAAACGCAUAGAUAAGUCUCAAUCAAUUCUCGUUAUUCGUAAUGCUACAACCACUGCUUCGGCUGCUUCCGUCGUCGCCGGCAAUGCUUCUUCCAUUAGUGCUUCUAGUUCGGCUUCUGCGGCCAGUGCCACUACCAUAGUUAAGGCGAAACCGAUCCAGGUACAACCGCAGCAGCAGCAGCAGCAGCAUGUUCAACCGGCGACGGCAACUUCGACGACGGCUACAAUCGUUACCGUUAGUUCCGGUGGAGCGGCUAAUAGAGCUGCUUUGGAGGACGCGGACAUCAAGAAGGAACCGAACUCCUCGGUUAAAGUCGUCCAAAGGCCGAUCAAUUUGCCACUUGGUACAGAUGGUGAACCGAUCAAACUUCCGGAAAAUUUAGAAAGUUUACCACGGGCUGACCAUUUCCCAACCCAGCGACAUCGGUGGAAUACUAAUGAGGAAAUUGCGGCCAUUCUCAUCAGCUUCGACAAACAUUCCGAAUGGCAGUCGAAAGAGGUGAAAACGAGGCCAAAAAGUGGUUCGAUGUUGCUCUACUCACGAAAGAAGGUUCGCUACCGGCGCGACGGCUAUUGUUGGAAAAAGCGAAAAGAUGGCAAGACAACCCGCGAAGACCACAUGAAGCUUAAGGUGCAAGGCACUGAGUGCAUUUACGGUUGCUACGUGCAUUCGGCCAUCCUACCAACCUUCCACCGGCGGUGCUAUUGGCUGCUUCAAAAUCCAGACAUUGUCCUCGUCCACUAUCUGAACGUCCCCUAUCCGGACGACAACAAGAUGGCGGUCAUCACUCCGAACCUGGCCCUUUGGGGCGACAAGAAGGAGUGGACCAAAGAGGAACUGGUCAGUCAACUCAAACCGAUGUUUUUCAGCGAAGACGAACCGGAUGCGACGAACGAGAUCGAGAUUUCCACGGCCGAAACGGUGGAAGCGAUCGUGAGUCAGCUGAUGGAGAAGCAACGAAUGGCACGGCAGUCGGCCCUGGUGAAGCAGCUCGAGUGUGGUUGUCCGGAUGCGAACUGUGUCGAUGGGAAGAGUUGUUCCCAUCCGAUGAGGAGGAUCAGUGCGGCCAAAAGUGAACUGGGCAAACGGCCCGAUGGAGGACAUCUCGCGGGAACGGCGCCGAACGUGUUGAUUGGAUCGAGGAUGUAUCCCCGUUGGAUCGACAGUCGGCGUGCACGGGAAGCACAACUCCAACAGUCCCACGGCAAUAGUCUCCUGGACGGCAACACCAACGGCAACCGAUCCUCCAUCGCACCGAAGGACAACACUUCGAUACAUUUCCAAGUCAUUCCUACCUCUCAGCAACUGAACCACUCCAACAGCAACAGCAACAACAAUCCAAAUUCAAUUAGAACAAUUGCUGGCAAUCACCCUCAUCAUCAGCAGCAGUCUUCGUCGGUAGUGGUCAGCAGCAGUAGUAGUAAUUUAACCCUCACCCAGCAUCUCAACUCGUUGAACAACAAUAACAGUAACUCACAAUUAACAAGUGUCAGUAGUCAUAUUACAAACGGACUGGUGGCCAGUGCCCAGCAUUUGGCUGCGGCCCAGCAGCAGCAGCAUCGGAGUCAUAUGAUCAUCGCUAGCAAUAAUUCGUCGUCCUCACCUUCGUCCGCGGCUUCCGGCAAUAGCAGCAAUAGCAGCGGUUCCGCGGCCAACAAUCAAUUAACCGCGAGCCAUCCUAAUAACGGUCGCGACCCCAGCAUAAAUCUCACGGCUAAUGGCGAGAAUCAUAUAUCAAUGCUUGGCCAUCAUCACCCACAGUCGUCGUCAGCGAGGGGUUCAGGUGGGGUACCGUCGUCGUCGUCGUCGUCGUCAAGCGAUGGUGUCAAUCAGAGGCCAUCAUCACAACAGCAGCAGCAGCAACAGCAGCAGCAGCAUCAGCGACAGGAGGAUGGGGGUAGCAAUAGCAAUAAUAAUGGUGUUGGCGGUGGCCAUCAUAAUCACAUUACGGUUAAUAAUGGUGCGGUUAGCAGUGCGUCAAUGGUCAACUCGAGUGGGGGUGGAACGCCCUCACUGGUGCUGAGCUUGUCACAGCUCCAAGGCAACCCGGGCAGCCUCCUGAUCCUAAAUGGCCAACAGCAAUCUUUCGUCUGCCACCCGUCCCAGCAACAGCAGCAGCAACAACAACAACAACAACAACACCAUCUUCAGCAACACAAAUCCCUGGCCGAUGGUUCCAAAAAUGGCACCGGAAGCAGCAGUAGCAGUAGCGGUGGUGGCGGCAGCAACGCCACCAGUGCCAACAGCAGUAUCAAAAUGGAAAACUCACCGUCCGAUGGAUCGCAGCACAGCAGUGGUCUCAUUCCGAAGCAGGAAAUCAUGGAUUCGUCUUCGUCGCCAUCGCUGAUGGGUGGUCAUCAGGGCCAUCACCAAUCGGGCAUCGGGGGCGGCUCGACGAAGCAGUACGAAAGUAUGUUCGGAGGUUAUUCGGUGAGGCACAGUCCGGGUGGAAAUCGUCACCAUGACAACUUGCCGUUCUUCAACGAAACGCUGGACUUGUCGCAGGAGGAUAUCCAGAAGACGCUGAGCGCCAAUAUGCCACUGGGACAUGUCCAUGGGGGAGGAGCGGUUGGCAAUGCAGGACCGUCGGGAGCUCAGACGGAUGAUGCAAUGAAUGGGGAGAUCAAUCCGAUGGAUUUCAUCGAGAAUUGUGGUGAGAGUCACGAUCCGGUGGACGACGAUGUGUUUGUCAAUUUGGAUGCGUUCGAUAUGUUGGUUGAGUUUCCGGAACUAGAACUAGACGCGAAGAGUGCAUUUUUGAACGGUAGUGAAACGGGAACGGACGCAGGAGGGGAGAUCAACGAUGGGGCUAGUCAUUUGAGUCACUUCAAACUGUCGGCCGAUAGUGGGAUCGUGGUAGGGAACGAGCUGACGUCGUCGCAUCAUCACCAUGCAAACGUGUCGUCGAUUACCGACUUCAGUCCGGAGUGGGCCUACCCGGAGGGUGGAAUUAAGGUGCUAGUUACGGGGCCGUGGAGUGCCGCCUCGUCCUAUACAGUAUUAUUCGAUUCGUUUCCGGUGCCGACGACACUGGUCCAGAGUGGAGUGCUGAGGUGCUACUGUCCCGCGCAUGAGGUGGGAGUCGUAACGUUGCAGGUCGCCAGCGAUGGCUAUGUGAUAUCGAAUGCGGUCAACUUCGAGUAUAAAUCUCCGCCCAAGUUCGAAACGAAGUGCGAAGGCAACGGAAACGACAUGUUGUACAAGUUCAACCUGCUGACGCGGCUGGAGUCCAUCGACGAGAAGCUGCAGAUUAAGGUCGAACCGGGAGAGCUGCCCGAAGAUUCGAUGCUCUUCAAGCAAACCAACUUCGAAGACCGUCUGGUGAGUUACUGUCAGUCGUUGACGGCCAAGAUGUGGCGAUCGGUAACACCGGGAUCCUGGCUUGGAAAGCACCGGGGAAUGACUCUGCUUCAUCUGGCAUCGGCUUUGGGCUACGCCAAGCUGGUCCGCACCAUGCUGACCUGGAAAACGGAAAAUUCCAACGUCAUUCUCGAGGCCGAAAUAGAUGCGCUCAGUCAAGAUCAGGAGGGAUUCACACCUUUGAUGUGGGCUUGCUCCCGCGGUCACAUCGAAACGGCGAUCGUCCUGUACAAAUGGAAUCAGAACGCACUGAACGUCAAGAACAGCGUUCAGCAAACUCCAUUGGAGGUGGCCAAGAAUCGAGGUUUCACCGGCCUAGUGGCAGAACUGGAGAAACACGAACUCCAACGACUCCAGAAAAAGAAAUCACAAACAACAACCAGCUCUUCGAUGCCCACGCUGGCAUCCAUCACGUCAUCCUGUUCCACUUCUUCCACAUCUACUUUAUCUACUUUGGCUUCCAGCGCUUCAGCUGAUUCUUCGUCUGUUCCUUCUUCUGCUUCCUUAACGAAUCCUUCCACAACUCUAGCUAACAGUAGCGGUAGUCGCAGAGAUAGUAACAGAUCUGCUACAGCUGAAACGGCUAACGAGCAUAGCAAUAACGAUAACGACGGUAACAAUCAUCCGGACGUCAGUCCGGAGCAUAACUUCAUCAACGAUCUGUUCAACUACAAUGACGCCCUGAACAGUAGCAACAGUGACAGCUGCAGUAACGACAACUUUGCUCUCUCGUCUUCGUACAAUCCGUCACUUUCACCGGCGGCCAUGUCGCCGUACAGCGAUAUGAAGGGAUCCGGACAGGUCGGGUCUUCAUCAACGGCAACGCUGCACUACGCACUGGAGAACAACAACUCCAAUCCGAUGCUAUCGAAUGCCCUAUCUCCGAACUCGGAUAGUAACCGUAGUCACGAUGGGGUGUUCCUGCGGCCAGGAGCGGUGUUUUCCAGUGGUCAAAGUCCACCCGGUGCUCGACUGUCCAAGCGAUCAUCGAUCGACAGUGGAAUCAACAUGGAGACUAGAUCUUCACUGAGCAAAAGUGGCAAGUCUCUACGAGAUGUUCAACGGUUGAACAGAACCGAUCGUAGCAUGUCCCUCCCGCUGGCGUCCGGCUCUGCCGGUGGCCAUUUAUCUCCUUUCGGAGGGUCGUCCAACAACGGAGGAGGUAACUCCAACGGGAAGAUGUCUUCUUCCUCCGGAGGAGGUGGAGCUUCCAACAGCUCAGACUCGGACAAUUUUUCGCUUUCGUUGAACGAUCGUACCACGGAGUCCUCCUCGCAGGGAUCCAGCAAUCUGAGUAACACAUCUCUACUUUCACCGCUGCGCAAAAUGGACUUUUCCCUGUGUGAAGUCUCGGCGGCGGACGGCAGCCCCAUGUGCGAGGACACCGACUCGCUGCAGGAGGAUGAACGACACUCAUCAUCGAAUGCUUCGUCGUCGGCUGCGGCGGCAGUGGCGGAAGCCCUGAUCGGAUCCGUUUCGUCCUUCGGGCAUGGGCAGGGCCACGGGAUGCACCAUCUGCUGCAUCACGGGUCGCAGCUGCUCCAUCAUAUCAAUCACCAGGACGAUGGCGGCGGCGAGGUGGCCUCCGUCGGCGGGGGUAGUGGUGGGACCGGAGUAGGGGAAUCCGAUGCCAAGGUGCUAACGCUUGCAGAACAGAUUAUCGCAGCGAUGCCGGAACGAAUAAAGAACGAAUCGGAGGAAAUCAUGUCCCUGGGCAGUCCAAUGCCGGAAACCCUAAGCGAAGACACAUCCGGGAUGAGCAUCCUGACGGAUUCCUUUAUGGAACCGCUGCUCGAUUCUCUGCCUCCGUCUCAGUUCGAAGAAUUCAAUUUUGAAUUCAGCGAUCACAACUAUAGGUACCAUGACGUUGGAACACCCUGCUCCAGCCUAAGUCCUGCAUCGUCCGGGCCUCUGCAGUCACCUGCCAGCUACUCCAUUCCACAGGAUCCCCCGGUAGGCUCUCCGAGCCCACCGCCCACUACACAGGAUUUCACCGAAUUCCUGCAGACAACCAACUCGAAUCCAUUCGAAAAGGAUUUCUCCAAUCUCAAACUAACUGAUCGCGAACAACGUGAACUAUACGAAGCGGCCAAGUGCAUCCAGAAGGCAUACCGCUCGUACAAGGGCCGCAAAAGCCGCAUGGAGGAACAGGACAAGGAGCGGUCGGCGGCCGUCGUGAUUCAGAACUACUACCGUCGGUACAAACAGUACGCCUACUACCGGCAGAUGACCCAGGCGGCGGUCAUCAUCCAGAAUGGCUACCGGUCGUACUGCGAGAACAAGCGAUUCAAGAAAUCUCAAUCCAACCAUCCAACCGGUCACAUGGGAGGGGACAGCGCCGAGGAGGCAGCCUCCUCGUCACAGUGUAUACAGAAUUACUAUAAGAAUUUCAAGAAUGAACAAAAGCAGCAGCAGUCGCCACAGCAGCACCAGCAACAGCAGAACAAUCAUCAGGGUUCGUCCAAGGAACCGAGCCCGUCCGGUCCUCUGAAACGAACUUACUCGCAACGAACUCAGAAUCAAGCGGCCAGGAAAAUUCAGCAAUUUAUGAGACAAUCGAAAAAUAAACUACAGAGAGAACGAGCCGAAAAAGAGAGGCAGGUCCACCAACGCAGGGCGGAGUACCUCCAAAGCUUGCAGUAUCACGGGGUAGCAGCACCCGAGGCACCGCCACCGGGUACCAGCGAUCCAAAGUGAACUAAAGAUAUAGCAGCAGCAGCAGCAGCAGUAACAUAAUCAAAAUGUGAGCCAUUUCAGGCGAUUCGAGUGAGAGACGAUUUGUUUGGUUCGUUAUUAUUAUUAUUAUUAUUCUGUUCGAAACGGAAUUGGAUUCAAUGAAUUUAAAGUUGAUUUGUUUAUUAUCGAAAUUUAGGUAUGUAAGUAUUUCAUGAAUUUUUGACCAUCGCUUGGUUUUGAUUUUGCCCGUUGUUCGUUAUGUUUGGAAUAUUUCGAGCUUGCGCAGAACGAUGCGAGGCUUGCGUGCAAGCUUGUGUCCAAUCAAAACUUGCGUAGCAAAGCAUACAAGUUGCAUAGAUUUCGGCGAUUAUAGAUCGUUGGAUAAGGUUGGAUAAUUGAAAAAAGAAAAAUUAAGGGUAGAGUCAGCAAAUGCGGCAAUUGACUAAAAUAAAUCAGAUACCUGACUUUUUAACAUCAGAAGAGAUGAUGUUGAUAAGAAAAAAAAAAUUAACUUGAAUUAAACAAGAGCAAAUUGUGAUUAUUGAACUUUUUCAUUUUUAAAAAAGCAACUAACUAUAUUGUGUAUUUCCUAGUCUACUUCAAGGAGAAGCUGAAAUCGAUAGAUAGAGUAUAACGUAGUUUGAAGGUGAAAAUUUAUGUAAAAGCAGAAUUCAAAGCGGAUAUUUUUAAUAAUGGUAGUCAAAAAACAAAAAAAAAACCUACGCAAAAGUGAAGGAAUAUUUAUAGACAGAGAGAAAGAGAUACAUUUUUUAUUGCUAAACCAAAUGAACAUGAGAAAUCUAGUUUAAAGGAGAGUAGCGACCCCACAGAAAAAGCGGAAAAUAUUUAAUGAAACUUGAACGUCAAGCCAAGGCCAUUGGUGUGUAAUGGAUAAAAAAUCGCGCAUGGCGGCCUUGACUUAGAUCCGUUACGAGGCGAGAGUAAAACUUGGUAGAGUCGAAGCUAGGAAGGAAGGGGAGAAGCAUAAACCAAUCAAUACAGACGGAGAUAGAGAGCCGGGGUUGUUGAAGGCAUUUGAACGAAGCAAUUUGGGUGGGUGCACUCUUGUGUAAAUACUUGACUUGAUAGACUAAUGUUUAGGACCUAAGAGAAGAAAGAAAAGCAGACAGAGAAAUAGAAAAGUUAUUUCACUAAUGAUAGAACUCUUUUUAAUUUUCUAUUUGAUUGUUGGUUUUGUUGUUCUUGAAAAAGUAUAUUAUCGUAGGAAAAAGUAGAGAAUAUCAUUGUCAAACGAAAUGAUACUGUUUAUCUCUUCACAUAAUAAGAGCAAUUCGAGCGAAAUAUUGAUGAAUUUCGAACAUCAAGCUUAGAUCCAACGAUUUGGGUUGCGCGCAGACUAAGAAUUAUCAGAAAAAAUGCAGUAUAUUAAACAAACAGAAACAACAAUGAUUUAUUUACUAGAAGACGAGCGUCCAUCUUAUGACUUUGAAGACUUGUGAGAGAUUAAAAGAUGCAAAACAGAAAAAAAAACAUCACUAGGACAAAACGCAUACAUUAAAAGAAUACAAACAAAAAAGUUCAUCAAUAUUUCUAAGAACUAAAAGAGGUAGAAGAAGAAGCAAGUUUACUAAAAUACAUCCAUUUUAUUCUAAUCUAAGAUAUUUAAAAAACAACAAAAAUGACUACCCCGCAUUCAAGUGAAUCAACUACAUAGAGAAACUUUGAUAGAUGACAAAUGAUAGGAUGAAACACACAUACACACCCACACAUUUGAGGAAAUCUCUUAUUGUUCGAAAGCAAACUUAAAGAAUCCAUUGAAACAAAAAGAAAAACGCAUAAUCUUUAAUCAAAAAAAAAGUUAAUAAUUAAUGUUCAUGUAGAACAUCAGGUACCGUGAGUGAAGUAAGUUUAUUUAAUCCAACUUAAAACUGACACACUACACACACAUACACAAACCAUUCUGCAUUCGCAUUAUAAUCUCUAACUAAAAACUAUGUAUUUAGGGAAGGAGACAUACACCGACACACACACACACACACACACACACCUAAAACUACACACUUUUUCGAUACCACUAUUUGCUACCGUGUAAGACAUGUAGUGUUAGAAAACCGACGCGCUACAGUGGGAAAAAGUUACCGAAACAGUUAUACCGAUAGAAUGUUUACCAUUUAUAGGGAAAAAAAAAUAAGCAGGUUUAGGUUAGUUCCGAUCAAUCACCCCUCUCUUGCAAUCGCGUACUCACAAAAAGGUAAACACUCAUUUUAGAAGAACAUUGGUUGACAGUGCAUGGUUAGUGAGAAUUGCAUGUUCGGUAUACGGCAAAAAAAAACAAAGUAGAAAUGUUCAUAGAUUUUUGCAUGUUUUUUUUGUCGCAUACUGUAGCUACUUGGAUGCUAUGUUGAAAAGAUAGUGCUAUAGUAGAUUAACAGCAUUGUUGAUUUUUACAACAGAUGUCGCAGGUAGAAAAAGUUUACGGCUUUUUAUUUUGUAUGCAGAAAUCAAUAAAAUUAUUGAUUUUAACGAAAUUAGAUAUUGUUUUGAAAAAAAAAAUGGUACAAGUGGUAGCUUCAUACUAAUUUUAUGUAUAAAAAUUAU